AUGGAGAUCCAAGAUUUGACGCAAGCGGUUGAUACAGCUGAUACAGAUUCCAAACAGACAAUUCCUGGCGAUUUGGAUCACUCCAACUUGCGACGCACUCUGGUCGCUGGCGCCUACAUACCUUUGAGCCAGGUAUCAGGUAGCGUUCUGGGCAUUAUCUUCACGACAGUGCUUUUAUUCCAAUGUGGAGUCGCGGACGUGUUCAAGAUCAACAUACGGAUCCAAUGCUUAGCACUGUGUGGUCAAACCGUUGAAAUGCAACUAAUCGAUCGGGCUGACAGAAUACAGAUUGGAUUGUUUGGAGCGGCCACCCUCCUCUCACUGAGCAUAGCCAUAGGAUCAGUGGCUAAAAGUAGCUCGCCGCCGAAAGGAUACAGUUGCACCCUGACGGCGCCCUGCGUCGUAGUCCGUUUCGUAGAUGCUGUAACGUUUACGUCAAUGUAA